CCUGAGAUGGACAACAUAAUGAAUUUAAUCAACUCAGGUGAACCAUCUUUAUAUUACAAACUUGUAAUUUGUUUUUCUUAAAAAAAAUAAAGCUGAUAAACUGACAAGCAUCUUAGAGGCAUGGUGGGAAAGCUAUAAUGGAAAAGGUGGAGAAUUGGAUAUUAGCACGAGAUGAAGAGCGGUGGCUAGAAGAAUACAUGAAGGACGAGAAUUGCUAUUCAGUCAGCAGAGGCGCACACAAAAAUCUGAAAAGAGCAGAACGUGCCCGGAUUAUGGUUAACAAAAUUCCUAGUUUGAUGGAUUUGCUAAGAGCCAAAACUAAGAGCUGGGAACAAGAAAGAAAUAAAGUUUUCCUAUAUGACCAGAUUCCUCUAUUGGCAAUGUUAGAACAAUACAAUGUGCUGAGAAAAGGAGGAGAAGAAGCAAAGGGAGAAGGAAAAGAAAAAGGUACAAAAUUUGGAAUUUGAACAAGAAAGUUUGUUCGGGCCCAGCCCAGGCACAAGCAAUAGGCAUCUUCCUAACAAAAGCAUACAUAGAAGCCAUGGCAGCGCUGCGCCUCUAGACAGAGAACUUA